AUGGCGGACGGCGAUGCGCGACCGCAGGUCGACCCGGUUCAAGUCGACCCUGAAGGAAAUACCGACGCUGUUGAUUCCAGCCUAGGAGACGAUGGGUUUUCCCACUAUUCCGAGUCAUUGAGGUCUUCUGUCAUGCAACAUCGUUUCGAGAAUGGUCGUCGAUACCACACCCGAGAUUCGAAGUGGUAUGUACCAAACGACGAAGACGAACAGGAUCGAAUGGACGUCGUUCAUCAUCUAUGGAAGCUUCUGCUAGGUGGAGAACUGGUCAAAUACAAGGAUCGCGUCGACGACUGGUCUCGUGUGCUCGAUGUCGGUACUGGCACCGGAAUCUGGGCAAUCGAGAUGGCGGAUGAGCAUCCAGAGGCCACAGUAAUUGGAACAGAUCUGUCUCCAAUACAGCCGUCAUGGGUCCCUCCAAAUUGCCAUUUCUAUGUCGAAGAUGCGGCGCAAGAGUGGACAUUCGAAAGUCCCUUCUCCUUGAUUCACACAAGAAUGAUGUCAGGAUCGUUCCCGGAUUGGCCAUUGUACUAUCAGAGAUGCUUCCAGAACACCAAACCAGGAGGCGUGAUCGAAGCUCACGAGUACGAAUUCCAGAUCUACAAUCAGGGCGGAGAGCAACCACCCGCCGUAGGAGAGUUUAUCACAUCCAUGAUCGAAGCGAGCACGAAACUCGGCAGCAACGUCGACAUCGGCCACAAACACCGCGAAUGGAUUCAGGCAGCAGGCUACGAAAACGUAGAGGAGGUCCUGUUCCACGUCCCGCUGGGAACCUGGGCCAAGGAAGAGCGUCUGAAGGAGAUCGGUCGCUACAACAUGGUGCAGAUGGUGGAAGGCAUCGGAAGCUAUGCGGCCGGCGCCCUCACCGCGGGCCUCGGAAGGUCAAUCGAAGACGUGAACCGACUGAUCGCCGAGUGUAAGAAGGAGUUGCUGGAUAAGAGCUUCAGGCACUACGUCCAGUUCCGGGUCGUGUAUGGGAAGAAAGCGAAGGAUGGAACGGAAUGA